CUAUAUUACUUCUUUUUAAAUGUUCAAAAUUUACUUUAUUAGUUAUUUUAUAGUAUGUCCUUAAUGAAUUCAUUCAUAUCAGACCAAGGGGAAUGAAACCCAUCACUGAGAAGGCUCUCUAAUGAGCCAUACAGAGCCGAAAUAACUACAUAUGCAUUUCACAAAUGGACCAUUAAUUGGAAAAAGAACCAAAGUGUGAAGAUAUAAUCCUAUAGGAUGGAACUUAAAUGGUAAUAUAUUUUAAGGCUUUAGAACUUUAGAUCCACUUGUGUGGAGGAAAAGGUGAAUGUGAGACAAAGUUUGCUUUUCUGUCUAUCUGAGGUGAAGCUUUUCAUUAAACCAUUGUGGUUAGUCUGACUUUGAGAAAGAAAUGAUUUUGAGAAUUUUGCUAAUUUAACAAGAACUCCUGCCUUGACCUAAUAUGUUUUCUUUUUCUGGUUAUUUAAGUACCACGUCCUGUCACCCUUGUGGCUUACUCGGGGGUUACUAGUGCUGCCAGGCUACUUAAGGUGUAACCUACUGACCUUAAGAGAAACAAGGACAUUUUGAUACUGCUGUGCCCACAGAACAAACCUCGUGAGGUUUCCCAUGGAUGCCCAGAUAAUUUAUCCUCCACAGGCCCAAGGGGCAGGGCAAAGCUGGAAGGGGGCAUGAAAUCAGGCCAUGCUGGCACCGGCCCCCAGCGGCUUCCACUGGCUCUGGAAGGAAUAGCCUGGCCUGGGUGAGCAACCACCUCUUCUCAGCCAGUGAACCCUUUCAUAUGUCCACGCUGACAUCCCAGGUGCUUCCACACCCACUGGUGCUUUUGUCUCCAGUCCCCAGUGGGUUUGCCGCUUGCUGUGCUCAAGAAAGCCCUCAACAAACAGAUGACCCACCGGAGGGGGGCCCACACUGGUCCCCUUUUGUAACACAUUUCAGACAAACACGAUCUCUCCCUGCUUUGUGAAAACAAAACAAAAACCAAAAAUGAAAUUAAAAAAACCCACAAAACCUAGAUGCGUAUGUGAGUGAAAAGGGGAGCUAUUAAUAUUUAUAGUUGGAGCACAGGCAUAAACCUAGUCUGUCCUGGACACUGGGAUAUAUGGUUGUAUUAGGGUUCUCCAGGGCUCUUUAUUUUAUAUCUGCAUAUGUAUAGUAUGUAGUAUAUACAAGGAGAUUUCUGAUAAGAAAUUGGCUCAUGAGAUUAUAGAAGCUAGCAAAUCCAAAAUCUGUAAAGCCCAUUCCAGUCCAAAGGCUGGAAGCCUCCAUAAAACCAGGAAGAGUGGCUUUCAUAAAGAUGGUGCGGAAAGCAAAGAAGGAAGCCCCUGCCCCUCCCAAAGCUGAAGCCAAAGCAAAGGCCUUGAAGGCCAAGAAAGCAGUCCUGGAAGGCAUCCACAGUCACACAAAAAAAGAUCUUCCUGUCACCUACAUUCCUUCAGAGACACUGUAUCUAAGAAGGCAUCCCAGAUAUUCGGGACGUGCCCCCAGGAGAAAUAAGCUUGACCACUAUGGCAUCAUCAAAUUCCCCCUGACUACUGAGUCAGCCGUGAAGAAAAUAGAAGACAACAACACUCUUGUGUUCAUUGUGGAUGUCAAGGACAACAAGCACCAGAUCAAACAGGCCGUGAAGAAGCUCUAUGACAUUGACAUGGCCAAGGUCAACACUCUGAUCAAGCCCCAUGGAGGAAAGAAGGCAUAUGUUUGACUGGCUCCUGACUGUGAUGCUUUGGAUGUUGCCAACAAAAUUGGGAUCAUCUAAACUGUGUCCAGCUGGCUAAAUCUAAAUAUAAAUUUUUUCA